AUGGCUCCCCGGCAAGACAGAACACCUCUAGUACUUAAUCGUACAACGAGAGGUGCUUCAUCGCCUGGGUUUUAUUUUGGUACUCUGAGUGCUAUUUCUACUUUCGGCGGUGGUAAUUUUGAAGGCGGUGUUAGGACAUAUGAUAGUUACAUGAUACGGAACAACGUUGGAGAGCUUUAUCCUUGUCAUGCUGAGUAUAAGAAAAAGAACAUCAUUAAUGGAAACAAACGUAAAGUUUAUUUCAAUUUGGCACAUGCUGUACGGGAGCAUACAGAAUCUCUUCGGGAAAGAGAUAAAGUCAUUGCUUUGGAACAAGAAGCUAUGAUGUACAAGUUCAAGCGUCAAGAAAUUCAGGCUCAAGCCCGAGAAUUACGGCGUAAAAUUCACAAGAAAAACAAGGAAAUCCGCCAAAAAAGGCACGAAGUAAAGUAUUUGAGGAUUAUAGAACGAGAAUUGAUAGAAUACCUUGAAAAAUGCGAAUCCCAGUCCCGAGAAGAAGCACAACCAGUAAUACAGGUUGCUUCGCCACUAGCCUUCGGAGCUAAUCUAUAUAGAGUGUAUGUGUUGUGCGCUGCUUUAAUCUCUUUCCUCUUAGUUCGUGUCGUUUCUUACGGGUCCAUUGUAGUCAAUCGUGUGUGA